CCGGAAGCGGAUGACUUUAACGUUAUCACGGAAGUAGGCCCGUUUAUCCUCCGGAAACAAUUCUUUCGCAGGUUUCCAUUCGCCAAGUUAGCUCACCUAGCCCUUAAGCUAACAUCAGCUUUUUUGUUAUGUGUAUUUUGUUUGUUUGUUUUGUACUACAGCUCCAUAUUUGAACAGUUAGUCUACGAGCCCAGCAGGAGGAAGCGGGCAGUGUUUGGACUUAGGCGUCCGUGUUUAGGGGAAUUUCUUCUUUAUGUACCACUGGGAGCAGCAGCAUGGCAGAUGACAAGGACGUAUUGAGAGACGUUUGGUUCGGCCGGAUACCCACUUGCUUCACUCUGAACCAGGAUGAGGUGACAGAGAGAGAGGCCGAGCCCUACUAUCUGCUGUUACCCAGGGUGAGCUACCUGACUCUGGUCACAGACAAGGUGAAAAAACACUUCCUCAAAGUGAUGCGGGCUGAGGACGUGGAGGAGAUGUGGUUCGAGUAUGAAGGAACGCCACUGAAAUGGCACUAUCCAAUUGGAGUUCUGUUUGACCUCCAUGCCUCUAAUACUGUCUUACCCUGGAGCAUCACUGUGCACUUUAAGAAUUUUCCAGAUAGUGACUUGCUUCACUGCACGUCCAACUCAGUGAUAGAGGCACACUUCAUGUCCAGUAUCAAGGAGGCUGACGCCUUAAAGCACAAGAGCCAAGUCGUCAAUGACAUGCAGAAGAAAGACCACAAACAGCUGUGGAUGGGUCUGCAGAACGAUAAGUUUGACCAGUUCUGGGCCAUAAACAGGAAGCUGAUGGAAUAUCCCACUGAGGAGGGGGGCUUCAGAUACAUCCCCUUCAGGAUAUACCAGGUGUGCAUUUCAAGUUCGGAGAAAAUGAUGACAGCUGAAAACAAGACAAUGAGCGACAGGCCGUUCAUCCAGAAACAGUUUCGCCCUGUUUCACCUGAAGGCAAUGCACACACACUGGGCGACCUACUGAAGGAGAUGUACCCAGCUGCUAUAACAAAUGACGGUUUUAUCGGAGGUGAGUCCAAUCAUUCCCUAUGAAUAAUCAGAGGAAAACCCCCACCUCAUCAUACCCCCUCCUCCAACCCCACCCUAACCCCUCCAUCCCUUUUGAGUGACAAAUCCACGCAGUGAUGGACCCAGAACCCUCCCCUCCUCCCACGCUCCCCCAUCUCGGUCACAUCUGAGGAACAGCCCACUCACUAUUGGAAGCCUUCCCCAUACAGGUUGCAUCAAGAACCAAUACAGCAUGUGCUUAGUAAACGGUUUGGCUCACUUCAGAUGCUGGAGGGGGAAGUGUAAGUUUCAAUGGCUGUUUUGAUACAGCAGAUAUAGUAGGUUAUGGUUCAAAUGUGCAGGCGUGUGAGAUAUGCACCUGAAGGGGGAAUUCAGAAUGGCUGGAAAGCCUGUUCGAUGACUCUGCCUAUUGUUGAUUAAAAUGUGGUCAGCUUCAAUCUUUUGCUUUCUAACUCUUUCCGUACUUCAGUGUAAAAAACUGCGAUGUCUGUGAGUUUUGGUAAAGUUGACGGAGCUUCUUAGAGAAAUAUUUUGACUACACAUUAGAAUCAGUGAAGUGUCAAAAAAACAUGCAAAAACCCUCAUAUUAAUCAUAACUGGUGUGGUAGGAUCAAUGAUGUUAAUAUUAUCAUAGCGUAAUGUUGGUAACAAUGAUACAUUGCUGGUGAUUUAUCUAAUAAUAGGCUCAGAUUACAGGUGUUGUUCUUUUAGCACAUGCUUAGACCCUCAAUUCAGCCCAAAAAACAACAACAAAAAAUCUCAAACAAUACCCGGCUUUUUAGCAUGUAGAGACAUGAAAUGGGUGUCACGUAUCCCUGUAUGACUGGACAGAUGUAACAAUAGUAGAAUUACAACAUUAAGAAAUAGAAAUGCAAUAUUGGCUAAAAAAGCAAAUUGUUAGAUAUGUGUAUGAAGUGUAAAUUAUAGUUAGCAUUGUAUGCCAAUCUCUCAAACUGCGUUUUAAAUAUGUGUAGACUUAAAGCUUAUAACUUAUACUUAUAGCUUUAGUUGCUUAUUGUAGCUAAGAAUUUGUAUUUGGACUCUACAUUUUCACUCUCAGGUUCAAAUAAUCCUAACUUUGAAGAUUUUUAACCAGUGUAAGCAUGUUCAUAGUUUCUUGGAGGCGUGCAAAAUGUGGCCUGUAAAACGUUGCUGAAAUGCACUGAAAGCCUUGCAUUGUGCACACUGACUGUACAAAUACCUUAUUGAAACUGCUGUCUGAAACUGUUCCAGCUCCUCAAAUGUGAACAUUCGCUGUUUUCUGUUGUUUUAUAUUGGUUUGGAUGGUUGGUUGGACAAAAGGGAAAAAAGACUUAAUGACUUGCUGGUUUAUUGUAAGAAACACUGCAUGCCAGCUGUCAUUCAGUAGGUAGAGUCAUAUUUGUCUACCCACUUAGGAGUAGAUUCUGUCAGUCUGACCAGCUGCCAGUCAUGCAGUCAGACACUGUUUGGCGAGGAGACUGCAGUGUUGUGGUCUUCUUAAAUAGAAUUUGGCUGCGCUCGGCUGACAAAACAUGUCGUCUUGGCCAGCAGUUGUGUACCACACAACCACAGGGUGUGUGUAUGUCAGUAAGAAAAUGAGUCCAGUUUUAUGCAGUUGCUUCUGCUUUCCAGUGUUGACUUUUUUUAUUAUUAUUAUUAACAAUGUGAUUGUGGUUUGAGGUAGCUUCUUGUUCAGUAAAAUAUACUUUGGCAUUAUUAAACAUAAUGCUUUUUGUUUGUUCUUGUUAGUCAAUGUUUACAUGAUUCCCUGUCAUGGAAACUCUUUAAGUAAGUAAUAAGAGAAUAUUGAAAAUGUAAUAUUGCAUUAACAAACACAAUAUGAAUUUGUUGGGGUGGUUAGCGCUGAUGCCUCCCAGCAAGAAGGUCCGGGUUCGAGUCCAGUUCAGGCCUUUCUGGGUGGAGUUUGCAUGUUCUCCCUGUGUCUGCGUGGGUUUUCU